AUGAACACAGACGCGGAGUCCCAGUUUAGUAAUCUAAGCUGUAUGCGGGGCAGAAGUCACCUUGUCGGCUACAUCAACAAAAACAAGCGCUCCUUUCAUGGGACAAGUCCUGUUCUGUCCAACCGCAGGGAUCUGUCAGAGGCUCCGGGGGAUAGUCCUAGUGCCAAGAGUCUUCAGAACAACAAGGAUUCACGCAUCCUGUGGGUCAAAGACGACCUUUUACUCACCACCGGCUUUGAUAUGAUGCGUGGUCGGGAGGCGAGGCUUUGGGACAGCAGGAAGCUGAGCUCUUCCAUCAGCUCGACGACACUCGGCACCGCCAGCGGGAUAAUGAUCCCUCUGUUUGAUGAUGACACUGGUCUGCUCAUACUGGCUGGCAUGGGAGACGCUGUGAUUGAUUGCUUUGAAGUGACGGCAUCUGAGCCUUUCUUCUCGCAAGUAAGCCACUGCCUGAUGGACACCUCAACACGCGGAGUUGCUAUGGUACCCAAGGUGGCGUUGGAUGUCCUGUCCUGCGAGGUGAUGCGUGUCCUUCAGCUGACAGACAGCUGCAUCGUGCCAAUCAGCCAUCAAGUCCCUCGCAAGCUUUCAAGCCAACAGGAGUUCCAUGAAGAUCUUUACCCGGAGACGGUGGGCACGACUCCAGCCAUGUCAGCUGAGGAGUGGUGGAAGGGAGGCAACAAGCAGGUGGAGAAGGUCAGCCUCCAGCCAGAGAAACAGCACAAACCAAAGGCUGCACCAGCAAAAAAGAAGGAGCUCCCCAGUGGGGGGAGCAAAGAGGAUCCGGCCCGUAGCUGCUCCACCUCCAGUAGUCCUCUGAGCACUCCCAGCAGCGCUGCCCCGUCCCGCUCUCCUUCCUCCACCUCCGGGCUCUCCUCAGGCUUCCUCCCCAGCCCCAACCAGAGCACCAAGGCCAUCCAGAGCCUGAUGGGGCCGACCUCCAAGUUCCGUCACAUUCAGGGUGCCGUGAUGCACCGGGACACACACAUCACCAACCUGCGCAACCUCAACCUGACUAUACCAGGCGAGUCUGACGGCUUCUGUGUCAACCAGCAGCGCAUGGCAGUGCCCCUCGCUAUCUCCGGGGGCCAGAUCGCCAUCUGUGAGCGCUCUCAGCCUGGCAGGCUACCUGACACAGCCAUGCCUACCAUCCAAAACUCUGUUAAUGUGGUGGACUUGUCUUGGGACCCCUUUGAUGCCCACCGGCUUGCUGUGGCUGGGGAUGAUGCAAAGAUCCGGGUGUGGCAGGUACCACAGGGAGGGCUGAAAGACACCCUAACUGAGCCUGAGGUCCUCUUGCAAGGCCACACGGAGAAGAUUUACUCCAUCGCGUUCCACCCUCUGGCCAGCGGCCUCCUGGCAUCUUCAUCCUACGAUCUCACGGUCAGACUGUGGAACCUGGAGAACGGAGAGCAGGUCAAGCUCCUCACUGGACACGAGGACCAGAUCUUUUGCAUGGCGUGGAGCCCAGAUGGAAAGCUCCUGGCCACAUUGAGCAAAGAUGGCAAAGUUCGCAUCUACGACCCCCGCAAGUCCUCUGCACCUGUGCAGGAGGGCCCGGGUCCCGAGGGCCACAGGGGCGCCCGUGUGGUGUGGGUAUGUGAGGGGAAGUACCUGUUGGUGUCAGGAUUCGACAGUCGCAGUGAGAGGAAGCUUUUCCUUUACUCCGCUGACUCCGUGUCAUCUGGAGCCGUAGCCAGCACCGACAUCGACACCUCUCCCUCCACACUCAUCCCCUUCUACGAUCCCGACACCAGUGUGGUCAUACUCUCUGCAAAAGGUGACACAAGAGUGCAUAUCUAUGAGAUUUCCCCUGAAGAUCCGUACUUUAUGGAGUGCAGCAGUUUCAACUCCCCUGAGCCACAUAAGGGCUUCGCCUUCCUGCCCAAGUCUGAGUGCAAUGUGCGUGACGUGGAGAUCGCUGUGGGACUCAUGCUCACCAAGGCAUCUAUAGAGCCAGUGGCCUUCAAAGUGCCCCGGGUCAAGAAAGAGUUUUUCCAGGACGACGUGUACACUGACACCGCUGUCUGUUGGGAACCGGCACUGACUGCCUCAGCCUGGCUGUCCGGCUCCAACGGCCAGCACAGAAAGAUGAGCCUGAAGCCUAAAGACAUGACGCCAGUGAGUAAGGCCCCGAAAGAGGCUCCAGUCAGGAAAUAUCUGCCCUCAUCAGUUUACUUGGAGGAGAAGACUGACGAACAGAAGAAAGAGGAGCUGCUCAGUGCCAUGGUGGCUAAGUUGGGGCACAUUGACGACCCGCUGCCACAGGAUUCCUUCGAGGGGGUCGACGAGGACGAGUGGGACGUGGCACUAAGGAGGAUUGUCCAGCCGCAGAUGACGCUGAAGAACCGUUACAAGCCGCUAACACCAGUCUGCUUCAGCAGCUUGGUUGAAAUGGAGAUUGGAUGAUGCACUGUGCCCAACUAAUCAUACACGUGAUGCCUUGAGAGGUCGGGGUCAGAUUGUGAGUACUCCUCCGUUUUCCUGAUCCGAUGUGAGGUCAAAGGUCAGGGAUGUCUAUGUGUCCAGAUUGUAAUGCACUCCGAGACAAAUUUGUAAAUUGUGAAAAUGGGCUAUACAAAUAAACUGAAUUGAAUUGA